UUGCUGUCAAAUAUACUCGUAUUCAUCUGUUUUUUCUUAUUUUUAUAUUCUAUAUAUAUAUAUAUAUAUAUAUAUACAGUAUGAUAGACAAUAAUUAUUCUCGUAGUAGAAGAUCAACGGCUGGUAUCAAUGCUAAAUAUGAUGAAAAAGAUUAUUUAUUGGUAUCAUUUCCAAAUUUAAAAAAGCAUGCUGUUGUACCAUCACAAGUUGUUAAUGUGGAUCCACUUGAUGAACGAAAUGGCAGUAUUAAAACAUAUGGUUCAAAAAGGGAAGCCAAAGAACGGCCAACUCGAUUUAGUGUCACUGCGGAUAGCGAAGUAAUUGAUAUAACACCAGACAAUCAAUCUGAUCAAGGAAAUCAACAACAUGAUGAUGAUGCUGAUUAUUCACCAUCAGCACCAAAAACAACAGCAUCAUCGAAAGUCCAAACAAGAAAAACAGAAAAAUCCACUUCAAAAGAAAUUUUGAUCCCCAUUGAAAAUCAACGACAACCGACAAUAAUUGAUAAUGUUGAUUUUAAUCUUAAUUUACCAAUAACAGAAAAAAUGCUAACUAAUGGUCAAUUAGAUUUUGAUCGUAUUUAUCCAUCAUCAACAACUCAAAAAAGAAGAAAACGUCAGAAUGAUGAAAGUUCAUUGAGUGGAUCAGACAAAUUCGAUGAUGAAGAUGAUAUGGAUUUACUUAUGCCAACAAAAUCAAAUGGUCGACGUGAUUUAACAAGAAAAAGACGUUCAUCCAAAAAAAAGACACAAGCUGAUCCAACACCAAAUACUGAUGGUCCCUGUUCUGGAUGUUUAAAACUUCGUGCAGAAUUAGCAGAUAUACGAAAACGGCUUGAGCGAAUUAAGAAAGUAGUUUCGAUAAUUAAAAAAUUUCGUUCAAAAACACCAGCUAUAGCAACAAAAAAACAAACAAAUGAUAUUUUCGCAAAUAAUGAUGCUUAUGCGCGUGUAAAAUGUCUUAUACGUGAUGACGAUAUCGAAAGUCACUGGAGAAAUGUUAUUGCAUCCAUUAGUCGACAAGCAAUCGAUAAUAAUAAUAACAGUAAGAUGAAAAUUAGCCAGUCAACACCAGUACGAUCAUCAUCAACACCAGCAUUAGCAACAAUUAGUCCUGCGCAAGAAACAACACCAGUUACAAAGCCAUUAUCAUCACAAGAAUAUACAGCUUCAGUUUCGUUUUAG